GCUUAUGCACCAAUUAAUGUAGACGUUGAUAAGGUUAAAAGUAAUUUGUAUAAUGCAAUAAAUCACUAUUGGCCCAAUUUAACAACACCUAAAUUACUUUUGCCUAGUCUUUUGGAUCCUAGAUGUAAAAAUCUAUCUUUUGUCACAUUCGCUGAACGGUUUGCUACUGAAAAUCUACUUCGUGAAGAAUAUAAUAGGAUGAAAAAUAGUUUAGAUAAAGGAAAAAAAAAUGUAGUUAUAACGGAGACUCGUAUAAAAAAAAAUACUAAAACUAUGAUUGAGGAGAUUUCAGAGUAUUUAAAGCUUGAGGAGAUUGAUUUUGACUGUGAUCCUUUAGGGUGGUGGCAUGAGCGACGUAAUAAAUUCCCUGUUAUGAGCAGAUUAGCAAAAAAAUACUUGGCAGUUUUUGCAUCUUCAACGGCUAGCGAAAGGCUUUUUUCAAACGCGGGAAAUUUAAUAACUGCAAAAAGAACUCGUAUAAGUCCUAAAUUGUUUAAACGAUUAAUAUUUUUUAAAAAAAAUGAAAAACACUUGGAUAGUAUUUACCCAUCUAAAUAA